AUGGCCUCACGACUUCCAGCUUUUGCACUCUUUCCUCUCACCGCUUGGCGUGACCAGCUACCGGCUGAUGAGUGGGCUGCUUGUCUCGAUGCCUGGGUAGCGCUCAUUGAUAGCCACUUGUCCCUUUCAGAUGCCGACUUCAACUCAGCUUCAGUUAAAGAUGAGAGUUUACCAAGCUUCCUGACAUCUUUUACACAGGAAACGGCACAAAAUGGAGUUGGGAUUCUUGGACCAUCGCCUGCAGCUAAGAGACUCCUCAGGGGCACCUAUCAGCUCAUCACGAAACUGCUUCAGUCAUCAGCAUCACCAAGCAGCUUGGCGCAAUGGGAUUUCUUGUCGGAUGUUAGCACGGUGUAUGGAAAGAAGAAAACCACUAUCCUUCUUGAUACUCUAUCGGAAGCUUCACGGUCUUAUCUGGAAACAUCACUCGCCGGUCUGAAAAAGUUCCUCAUCAAGAAUCUCGAUGCCGGCCUAAGUGGCGGGGACCUCAACGGCAUCCAAUCCCGCCUCGAACAAGUCAACAACCUCAUCCACGCCUCCCCAUUUGUGGCCGAGUAUUUCCUCGCAGGAAGUGACUUCCUCGACGGUCUCAUAUCCUGCUAUAAGAUUACCAACCCACCGCUCCGCCGCUCACUCAUCUCAACCCUUUACGUCUGCCUCAUCGGCCUCGCCGACGCCCAAAAAGUCGGCCCCCUAACCGACCACCUCUACUCCCUUAAAUCCGCCGCCGACACUCACAAAUCUGGCCCUUUGAACGUGAACGACUCCCUCGUCGCCGAGUUGGUCACCUCCACCCCUUUACUCACACAACUCUCCCGGAAGCUCGAUCCCAAUGUCUCAACCCGCACCACAACCGUCAUCUCCUCCCUCGCCGCCUUCAAAAAGCCCACCUCCUCCACUUUGUUCCCCCCCAAACCAAAACGCCUCAUCAAGCGCAAAAUCGACAAAGGCAAAUCCCUCGCCUUACCCGAAGGCCAACACCAAGAAAUCCACAUCCACCGGCUAUCCUCCAUCUCCCAAGUCCAGGACCUCUUCCCAGAACUCGGCUCAGGUUUCAUUUCCAAACUCCUAGACGAGUACCACGACUCAACAGAACAAGUCAUCGCCCACCUACUCGACAACUCCCUCCCCCCCCACCUCGCCUCCCUCGACCGCUCAGAGGAUUUAUCUCCCGUCAAACCCCCCACUAUCCGCCGACACUCCUCCCUCAUCCCCCGCCCCACCCCCCCCAUCUCCCCCAUUCUCCCCCCUGCCCGAGACGACGAUGACGAAGACCUCGCCCUCCUAACCGGCACGCUUCACCUCGGCAAAAAACCCGGUACCGCCGACUCCCUCCUGAGAGAUAAAUCCACCGCCCCCGCCAAAGCAGCCAUCCUCUCCGCCCUCGCCGCCUUCGACUCAGACGACGACGAACGCGACGACACCUACGACGCCGCAGACGUAGGGGGGACUGUGGACACCUCCCUCGGGGACGAGAUCCUCCCCGACGGGGCGGAGGCCCACCUCUUCCGCACUUACCAGGCCAACCCCAAGCUCUUCGCCCGGGACAAGGAAUCGAGGCAGCACGCCGAGAGGAUCAGGCUCAGGGCCGAGACGGGCAUGAGCGAUGAGCAGGUUGAGGGGUGGGCGGUGAUGCUGCAGCGGGAUGUGAACCUGCAGAAGAGGCUGCAGAAGAGGUAUGGCGAGUGGAGUGGUGAGCAGGUUGAGAUCCAGAGGACGGGGUGGGUUGCGGGAGAGGAGGAUACGGAUGGUGAUGGGCCUUCGAGAGGUGGGUUUAGGGACAAUAGGGGACGUGGUGGAAACAGGGGAAGAGGUGGACGUGGUGGUGGUGGAAGGGGUGGUGCUCAGCAAUCUGGAGAGUCGGGACCCCAAGAUGAUGCCGCCAGACGGAGAAAAGAAGCCAACAAGGGCAGCCGAGCCAACCACAACAGACGUGAUCAACGGGCGAAAAAGAUGGCCAGGGGUGGUUUUGCUGGUUAA